AUUCAAAAACUGAGAACAUUUAUCUAAAAAUGAUGACUCUUAUUCUUCUACAUAUGAAGCAUAUUGUUUUUGAAUUAAUGGCUCUUCAGAAAGAUCAUAGAUUUAGUUUCUUGAAAAAAGAAGUUAUACUAAGUCUUCUUUAAAUUUGAUGAUUUCUUAUUGAUUAAUAGCACUAGUAAAAAAUAAUUAAGGAUUUUA